CGAAGUGUGCACGUUGGGUUACAUACUUGUUGUCGAGUUAAUUUCUUGUUGCUUCAAGGAAUUUGCUCAUAGACCGUCUCCAGUCUGCCGUGUUUGCUUUCGCUAUCUUUCAUUUUAUCAAAAAUACCUUCUUGUCUUCAUAGUUCCGAUUAGUCGAGAAGACCUGAUUGUGCAUCCAGUGUGCAUACUGACAGAAAAUCCGCUGUUCCUGUUACUGGCCGCAGUCGUGGGUUAUAGAAGCCUUAAUAUUUCGUCACUACCAGGAAAGCAGUAGCAGCUGACGGACGACGUUCCUGCUAAUUCGACUGUUCCCCCACCUGACGUUCCUGCUAGCAACUAAUUUCGCGUCGACGCUUGCGUGAAGUUGCCGUUAGUAACCGCGCCCGAUGGACGCCAGUUCUAUUGCAGCGAUGGAUAAGGACGCUCUCAAGAAGCAGAUCGAAAAUAUGAAAUACCAGGCGUCGAUGGAGCGCUGGCCAUUGUCGAAGAGCAUCGCCGCGAUGCGCGAAUAUGUCGAAGAGAACGAAAAAAACGAUCCACUAAUUCACGCCCCGGACAAGAAAAACAACCCUUGGGCCGAAAAGGGAAAGUGUACAGUCAUGUAGAAUUUCGAUUCUGCAUGUUUCAAGUCAAAGUUCAUUCCUGUUAUGUAUUUAAUUUACAUAUAAUUAUUGUUGUUCUCCGCUGCAACUUUUUAUUCUCCACCCGCUUCUCUUUCGCAUAUCGGUUGUAUACCGCGUGUCCCGUUACUCGGACAUGACGAUUAAAAAUUUAAAUAUAUGAGAAAAAAAAACUUGCAAAAACAAUUUACUUACUUAAAAAAAUAAAAUAUAUACGAAGAACAAUCAUAGCUGUACAACGUCGAGGAUUGAGAUUAUUAUCUGACACCCCUUUUUAUUAGGGCUUAUUUAUGGUAGUGGACAUAGUACAUGUUGUAUAAUGCGGAAACUUACUCAAUUUUUGAUAACUUAUUAAAAUAUAAAUUAUGUGUUACUAGUCAUAGGAUUUUUUAUCGAAGAAAAGUUGUGAUUGAAUACGAUUUGAAAAUAUGAAUAUCUACGAAACGAUUUGGGAUUUAUUUUCGACAUUUAACUAUAGAAAAUACCUUUCUUUAUUAAUUAGUUUUUUCUUUUGUUGGUUUAGGUAGAUAGUCAUUUUGUUGUUGCUUAGGAAUAGUUAAAAAAAAUACAAUAAAAUGCGUUUAUCUUUCCAGUCUCGCAAAUUUUAACGAAAAGUUCAGACGUUUGGAUAAGAAUUUUUUUAAAGCGAUUUUAACUUUGACCUUUUAAUAAUGAGGUCUUGUAGAACCACACUAUAUCGGCUUGUUGCCUUAGCUGAAAUUUUCAUUUCAUGGUUGACAAGGUUUACGCUAUUCAUAGCUGCAUCGUAGUAGUUUGAGAACCUUUUCUAUCUUUUAUAUCCUUUCAAUCGAUAUGUAUAAAUAGGGAUAAUAAUAUAAAUAUUAGUUAUACACAGGAUUAUAUAAAAAUGAAAUAAAUAACCAACAUCAUCGGAACUUUUGCGAUUUUACGUAUCUAUACCUUACAUAAGGUGUUUACCUGUAGAUAUACUUCUACCUAUUAAUAAGUAUAUUAAAUAAUAAUCCUUUUUAAUUAUAUUAGAUAUGUAACUUAUUGAGCAUACUAUAGCCUAGUAAUUAUGAAAAAUAUUUAAUUAUUUUACCUCUAAUAGAAUUUACGUAGAGUAACAUAGAGUAAACAGGAAACUAGAAGUCGAUAUUUUCAGGAUAUGCAGCGAUAAGGUUUAAAAUAUCGAAAUCACUUGUCCAUUUCCUUCCUUUAGUAAUGUUUGUUAC